AUGCGGCCCCCCGGCGCCUGCCAUCGCUUUCUCCUUCUUUUCGCCUCUCUGAAUUUCUUGCUUUUCUUCGCCUCCGAUCUUCUUCUCUCUCCCUCCGGCUCGCCUGCCUUUGUCUCUUGCGCCCGGGUGGCGUCCUGGCGAAAGAUCUUCGGAAACACUGCUUUCAGUUUCUCCUCUUCCUCUCCAUUCCACCCAGUCGACCAGUCUUCUCCAAGUUCUUCGUUCACUCUCCUUUCGGCGAGCUCCUCGACUUCGCCUUCCUCGACUUGGCGGUCUUCUCGUCUUCUGUCUCUCCAUUCUCUUCCUUCCUCGCGGAGCCGUCGUCAUGGCUCGUCGUCUCCUUCAUCUCCUUCUCUCUCGUCGUUUCCUUCUUCUGCAGCCGAUGCUGUGUCCUUGGCCUUUUCGUCUGCGUCUUUCGCACUUGAUGCUCCUUCUUCAAAUGGUUCUUCUUCUUCAGUUUCUUCUGGGCUCCCCUCCUUCUCCAGAUGUUUUGCUGGCUUGGUGAGGCGGCCUCGUCCGCUGUCUGGUGUGCAGGCAUUUUCUCCGGUCUGCUUGCCCUGGUUCGUCCCUCCGUUCUUCUCCGCAUUUUUGUCUUCUGUUGUCUCUCGCGUCGCUUCUCUCCCGCGUCGUCCUUCACCGGAGUUUGCUUCUCCGGUCCUCUCUCGCUCUCCCUCAGUUUCAUCGGCCUUCUUCUCCGUAUCGCCGCCGUCUCCUCCUCUGUCUUCCCCGUCCUCGCGUUCGUCCUCCACUCACAAGGCGGAGAAGCGUUUCGCGCGGCUGCGCAGCACCCGCCGUCUUCUCGCAGAUCCUGAAGAUGAGGAUGGAAGCGAAAGCGACGAAGCAAGUGCCGGAGAAGAGGAGAACGAGUUCUCAAAGUCUCCAUUUCUUCCGGUUGUCGGUCUCGAGGCGCAUGUCCAAUUGCUCACCGCCACGAAACUCUUCUGCGCCUGUCCUUCGCAACUUGCCCUCACUUCGGCAGCGGCCAGCGCUGCUCCCGACGUCUACGCCCGCGUUCGCUCUUUUAUCGCCGCAUCUGGUCUCUCGUUCUCUGCUGGCGUAGACCCCUCUCCUUCUCCACCUUCCUCUUCUUCCUCUUCUUCUUCCUCUACUUCCUCCUCUUCUUCCUCUUCUUCUUCCUCUUCUUCAUCUGCACAGUCGAGGACUGCUUCCUCUUCCCUGUCUUCCUCUCUCGCUGGUUCGUCGCCUUCUUCCUCCGCGUCACUGCACGCGUCCUCCGCCACUCCACUGGCUUCUCCCUCCCCCCGUUCUUGCUCUGCGUCAUCGAACGCUUCCUGUUCCAGUUCGUCCUCCUCUCCCGCGACUUUGCGUGCUUCUUCUGUGUCUGAGGAAGUUCCUGCAGUUUUCGCGUCCCCGCAUUCGUCGGGUGUCGCCGCGCCUGUGACGCUCCGUCUCCGACCCAACACAGCGGUCUGCCCUGUCUGUCUGGGCGAGCCUGGGAGUCUCCCUUCGCCGAGUCGCGCUGCAGUGGAGGCCGCGCUGAAAGCUGCUCUGCUUCUUCACUGCACAGACAUCCCGAACGUCCUCGAAUUCGAUCGAAAGGCUUAUAUAUACCCCGACUUGGGGAAAAACUACCAAAUCAGUCAGCUUCGAAAGCCUAUAGGCCGCAACGGCUACCUGACGCUUCCAAGCUCGGGGAAGCGCAUUCGGAUUCGCGGCGUCCACCUCGAGGAAGACACCGGGAAACUUGUGCAGGUCCCUGUGACUGGGGACGCUCUGGAGGAACUAACGGGAUGCCGAGGGUCCAUCCUCUCUCCGGAAGAGAGGACAGAAGACGGCGAAGCGGGGAGCGACGGACAUGACGCCCGACCUGGAGGCGGAGGUGACGAGAGACAAACAGAAGCGCGACAGGAGAGAAAAGAGAUGGUGGACACAGUGACGCUGUUGGAGAUGAACAGAGCAGGCCUGCCGUUGGUUGAAAUUGUCACGGAACCGGACGUCGGCAGCGCAGACGAAGCUGUUGAGUUUCUCCGCGAGCUUCGCCUUCUGUUUCGCUCGGCAGGCAUUGCAACAUGCGUCAUGGCUGACGGAGCAAUGCGGUGUGACGUCAAUGUCUCGCUUCGGGAGCGAACGACGCGAAUGGACUUCCCUAGGACGGAAGUGAAGAAUGUGGGGUCUCUACGCGGCGUCCGUAAAGCGGUCGAGUUUGAGCUUCUGCGGCAAAAAUCGAUUCUGCAUGCGAAGCGGCCGUCGCCGAAGGAGACGCAUGGCCCUCACGUCGCCGAGAAAAGCGGAGACAAAGAAACAGGCUUUUCGGCAAGUUCGAGACAGCGACAGACGAACGAGCUCGAGUUCGACGGCGUUCUUGAGGCACAGACAAGAAUGUGGGAUGACCGACGCCAGCAAACGCUCAAAAUGCGAUCGAAAUUCGCUUCUCAGGAGUACUUUCCUGUCAGAGAGAAUUUGAUUCCUCCCGUCGCCAUCUCGAAGGAGGACAUCGAGCGACUGCGGCAGAGCCUUCCCGAGAGUCCCUCUGCGAGGCAGGAGCGAUACGUCACGGCGAUGAACCUCUGCCCGAACGCGGCUCGCGUCCUCGUCAGGGACAGCGAAUUAUUUCCGUUCUUUGAGGCCGCUGUCGCCGCCGGAGCUUCGCCGGUCGCGGCGGCUGCAUGGCUGCUCAACGAGGUCGCGGGAUGUCGCAAGAGGCUUUCUUGCUCUGGAGAGAAGGACGAGGGAGAAACGAAGGAACGUCUCAGAGACGAUGAAGGAGAGGCUGCCUCGGCGUCCGCCGUCGGUCGCGAAAGAAACGAAGGACGCGACAAGGGUGCAGAACUCGAAACGCGAUUGUUGGCGGUGUCAUCGUUGUCGUCAGAAGCCACAGACGCGCCAGAGAGGCCGAGGGAGACAGCGGAGACGUCUGGGAAGCCGCGAGUCCGGCGGCCUGCGAGACGAUCAGACGCGCUUCCACUGAAGGCGCUUAAGCUCACUCCCGAAAAACUCGCGGAAAUGCUCCUGUUGAUUGAACGAGGCGCCCUCACACACAACGCGGCGAAGCAGCUGCUUCCGGAUCUGCUCCUCUCAUGGGAUGGCACGGUCGAGGCGCUCGUCGCUCAAAGAAAUCUGAAAAGUGGAAAGCGUCCAGGCGAGGAAACGCCCGCUUCUCUGCCGCAAGAACCCCUACACGACCGUCUCUGUUCAGGAGACUCCGACAGUGUGAGACAACGCGCGAGUGAUGCAGGAAAUACCCUUUUCUAA